GGGGCAGUCAGGUUGGUUGAGUUUGAGCUGACGGCGGACGUGCUCGCCUCUCCUCCGGCUCUCCCUCUCCGCAUUCCAUUCCACCGCAUUACCGGUAUUUUUAGCCGCGGCCAGGAGAGAGAGGUAGCGUGGAGAGAGGGGAAACCGGAGCUCCUGGCCGUUCCUCUCUCCUCACUGGCGGGCUCCGUCUGUUCCGUCCAGCCACCGCCCCGGUCGCCUCCCGUCCAGAUCCCUCUCCUGAAAGGUUUCUUUGCGGAAGGCCGGAGAAGAUGAUGGGCGGGUUCCUCUCCAGGGUCCUCCUUUUGGCCUUUGGCUAUGCCUAUCCUGCCUAUGAGUGCUACAAGACUGUUGAACUGAACAAACCGGAGAUUGAGCAGCUCAUAUUUUGGUGUCAGUAUUGGAUUUUAGUUGCCCUGUUGACUGUUCUGGAAAGAUUUGGAGAUCUUACAAUAUCAUGGCUACCAUUUUACUCAGAAGCAAAGCUGAUGUUCUUUGUAUACUUGUGGUACCCAAAGACAAAGGGAACUACAUACAUUUAUGGGACUUUCUUUAGGCCAUAUAUUUCUCAGCAUGAGAAUGAAAUUGAUCGCAAUCUGCUUGAGUUGAGAGCUCGAGCCACCGAUACGGUUGUCCUUUAUUUCCAGAAGGCUGCUUCUGCAGGACAGAAUACUUUCUUUGAUGUUUUGAAGUAUGUCGCGUCCCAGUCACCUUCUCAGAAAUCAAGGCAGCGCCCUCAUCAGGAACCACAGCAGUCACAACAGCAGCAACCACAACUACAGCAGCAGCAGCAGCAACCACAAAAACAAGCAGCACCUGUUAUGCGCAGAGCAGCAUCAAUCGCUGCUCGGCAAGCAGCAAUGGCACAGCAAUCUCAGGAGACCAAACCUGUUCCGUCUUCCCCAAAGAUCAAGCGUCAAGCAUCAGCGAAAUCUAGUUCAGUGGCAUCCACAAAGCCUGUUGCAGCUGCAUCCACACAAAAACCUGGAGGGAGCCCAAAGAAAAGCGAGGUGAAACAUGCCGUUGAGCCGGUGCCAACUCCAGCCACAAGUGUUGAUUCACCGAAAUCUGAGCCUAGUGCCAAAUCACUCCCUGAAGCUGAAGAGGUGGACAAGAUGGCCAUCGAUGAGGCCGUUGGUGACGCUGAAGAGGGCACUGAAGAACUGGACCCUGCGCUCGAGGAGACGCCGAUGGAGGAGACGAUACGUGUGACGCGCGCCAAGCUAAGGAGGCGCAUCGAUCCUGCUGGGAAUUAGCUGCAAGCCAUUGUUCUCCUUGCACAUUGUAUUUGUCCUUUAUGAGGUUUAGGUUGUCCCGUUGCCUGGUGGAGUGGCGAUGUGUUGUUGUUCACCUGGUUACUCUGUGCUGUCUUCGUGUUUUUUCAUGUGCUUUUGUCUCCCAGCAUGUGUAUAUAGAUUGGUGGCGUGGGCAAGGAAUGCCUGUAUUUGAAACAUUAUAACAUUUCAAUCUGGCCAUUCCCUGACUGACUUUUGA